CUUUGUCCUUUUUUGGUAGAAACGCAAAUACCAAGUUAUUCCUUCCCCUGAUCAUAUUAUAUGAUCUCAGAAGGCGCUUCAGCUGCAGUUAGAAGUGGCAGGAAAUUUUGGAACUAAAAGUUAUAUUACAUUCUGCGUAAUUUGUGUUUUUAAUAAGACGAUUAUAUUGUGACUCGAGAAGAAAAAGGAUUAUAUUCUGUAGAUAAUUAGCAACCGUUUUAUCAGAAAUGCCACCCAAAGAACCAAAAAGAAGUAAUCGUAAACGGAAAAGCACAAAGAGGCUUGGAGAAGUAAUGGAAAACCUAGGCAGUUCAGAUGUGGGACUGGGUGUAUCUAUUGACAAUUCUGCACCAAGCUCUUCAAAUCCAAAUAUUGAUUCCGGCCAGGUGUCAGCUGAUAAUCCAAAUGUACAGUCCAAUUCAACUGAUCCAAAUACGUAUAAUGAUGACCAAAUUAUGAGAAUAUUGACGGUCGCAACUCCAAUUAUCACCCAAACAGUAGUUACCAUACUCAAAAGCACUGGUGUUAUUCAAGGCAGGGAGGUAAACUCUCAAGAUCCAAUUUUGAUACCAACACACCAAAGUGUUAAUUCCAUUUGUCCACCAAGGCAAGAUGAUACCACUACACGUAAUACAACAGAGAUGACGACACCAUCCCAGUCGUCUCACUCAACAAAUAUUGAUAACCAAUCAUCCGAAAGCAGUCAUCCGUCCUGCUCAAAUGUUAUUAGCAGAAGCGGCCAACAGUGUUUCAUGCCAACUGAAGAAACUCCGAGUCAACAGGUGGUGAACCACCUUCUACAGGGCAAUCCAAACACAGGUACAUUUUCAAACGAGUUAGGAGGCCAGGGUUUAUCACGCCCACUAGCUUUGGGUGUGGAACCAAAACUGAAAGCUGAUAUUUGGUCUAACAAAUUUAUUAAUAUGAAGGAUUUAUUGAAAUCAAAAUCCAGAGUUGUUAAGUAUGUUCCAGUAGAGAAGGAUGAUUGUUUAACAUUUGUUAAAAAUAGUAGUAGUAAGGCAAAAAUUGAGUCAAUGGCACAGUGGCAUGAAGCUUUUCGCAUUUAUGGGGCAAUUUAUUUUGAAAAAUACCCUACUGAAUCCCCGAAGCUGAUGAAAUAUGCGGCUAUCAUUGCAAACUUGGCAGAAAAAGCUGGAAUUGAGGCUGCAUUCUUUUACGAUCAAGCAUAUAGGCAGUGGAGGGAAGUAGACCCUUUACACUUACCAUGGGAUGGAGUAAAUGGGGAAUUAUUCAAUGAGGCGUUAGCUAUGGGUCUUAUUGGGAAAACCAAUGCCAUGAAACAGCCCUUUCUUACACAAAGCCUCACGGCUCCAGCCCCUAAACAGAAAAGGUUUUGUUAUGCUUUCAACAAUGAAUCAGGCUGCACGGCAAGAAUUUGUAGAUACGAGCACACCUGCCAGGUUUGUGGUGGAGACCACAGCAGGAGGGAUUGCCAACAAUCCAAACACGAAAUGGCCGAUUCUAACUUCACCAAUAGAAGAGGGGGCCCUGAUUCAGAAAAACAGUCCAGUAAACAGAAACCUAAAACCAGGUGAUUUUCAAAUAUCUACUCCUAUUCACAUUGACCAAUUGGGCAAGUACCUUAAAGGGUAUGACACAAGUAAAGUUGAAUUUUUAUUAGAGGGGUUCAAAAAUGGGUUUAAAAUUCCUUUUGAAGGCACUGAAAAGUAUCAAUUCAGUAGAAAUUUGAAGUCAACUCUGGAAAAUUGUUUAGUUUUAAAGAAAAAAAUUACAGAAGAGAUUAAGGUCGGUCGGGUGGCUGGGCCUUUUAAGGA